UUAAGUAACUGCUGCACAAGAAGAAUCCCAGAAGCUUUUCUCUUCUCCUCCAUCCUCUCUCUCUCUCUCCCUCUCCCUCUCUCUCUAUAUAUGUCUCAUCAAAAGAGGAAGCACUAGUGAUAAACGAUAGCCAUUAAACAAAGCAAGAGAGAAACAGAGAGAGGGAGAGAUGGAAGGGAAGUGUAAGAAGCACACGAGCCACAAGCAGUCAAAAGGGGUUUGUCCCUAUUGCCUCAAGGAAAGGCUCGAACAGCUCACAGCUUCCUCUGCUUCUUCUACGACUAAUCUUUCUUCUUCCAUGGCUUCUUCAGCAGCUUACUCUUCUUAUAAUGAUUCUAAUGACGCGUCUUCUUUAAACGAGUCUCCGAGACGCAAACAUCGCAGUAAGAGGACUCUGUUGCACUUGCUUAAGGGAGGAGGAAAGGAGGAGCCUUUGAGGAGGAGUAGUUCGCUGGCGUUUCCGAUUGGAGAAGGAAAGGAGGAAAGGAAGGAGAAGAAGAAGAAGAUUAAGAAGAGAAGCAAGAGAUCGAGUAGUAUGUUUUGGACCAAGUUUAUGUUGGCCGGAGAGGGAAGAAGGAAGGAGAAGGAAUUAGUAGGGCUCUAUCAUUCAAAGACCGUGAAGGAGAAGUCUUCUUCUAUAAUUUCUUGAGGAACAUUGUUUGGCUUCUUCAUCUCAAGUAGCCAUGCCAACUGCCUCUGCUCUUUCGUUAGCGUAAUGGAUAUGCAAUUGAUUAUGGUAUUAUUGAAAGCUAAGCGGUUGAAAUGAGAAUAUCUAUCGUUGGCUACAGGCAGGCAUUAUUAAAAAAGGAAGAAAGCUGUCUACGGCACCUCCGUUGAAAUUCAGAAAUCAAAUGGGGUCCAGCAAAAUCUAGUAAUUAUGUUCACAACACGUCACGAUGGAUAUGGAAGAUGAGAGGUUACAACCAACUAAUCAUUUUCACACCAAGAAAUUAUACAGCCUAAGCAUCAACAGGACCAGAUGGAGAUGAUUCCUCCAAAUUUUCAGAUGCCAAAAGCUUACCAAAUGAGUAUUUCCGUCAAACAAGAGGAGAGAUUAUUCUGUGUGGACAUCGGACGGGAGAACCGUCCGGUCCGCGCUUGGUACCAAGCAUCGGUACCGAGUGUCAGUACCGCACUC